AUGCAUCGAUUUAGUUCAAACCAAUCGUUGUACUUUUUAGAUCCAAGUAACUGCUUAAGGAAGGCCGCAAUAACUAUCACAACAAGUCAAUAUUUUGAAAUGACAUUAAUAUUAGUGAUAUUAGCCAAUUGUAUAUUUGUUGCGUUUCCCACUCAAAAAUCAGAUAUAAACGCUUUAUCGGAUAUGGAAUAUGUAUCAAUUGGUUUCAAUGUAUUCUACACAAUUGAAAUGUUGUUGAAGAUUGUUGCUAGAGGAUUUAUUUCUCAUCAAUUUGCCUAUUUACGAGAUCCUUGGAAUUGGUUAGAUUUCUUUAUUGUUAUAAUGGGGUAA